AUGGCCCCAUAUGAAGCAUUAUAUGGACGAAAGUGUCGAUCGCCAAUUCAUUGGGAUGAAGUAGGAGAGAGGAAGAUUAUUGAUUCGGCUACAAUACCAUGGGUUGAGGAAGCCUUCGCAAGGGUAAAGGUGAUUCGUCAGAGGCUUCAAACAGCCCAAAACCGACAAAAGAGUUAUGCCGAUCAUCAGAGGAAGGAUUUAGAAUUUGAAAACGUAGAUAAAGUGUUUCUUAGGAUUACUCCCUUGAAAGGAAAGAUUGAGGCAGGAAAAGGGAAAAAGUUGCAACCGAGAUAUAUAGGACCUUUUAAUAUACUCCAGCAGAUAGGGAAUGUGGCUUAUCGACUAGAGCAGCCAGCUAGCUUGUCUCGGAUUCAUGAUGUGUUCCAUGUUUCUUUGCUUAAGAAAUACCAUCCGGAUCCGACUCAUAUUUUGCCACCAGAAGAUAUUGAACUCGACGAGUCUUUAACCUAUGAGGAACGACCCAUUCGAAUACUGGAUAGGAAGGUGAAGGACUUGAGAAACAAGCAGAUUCCACUAGUUAAGGUUCUAUGGAGACAUCAUGAGGUGGAGGAAGUAACCUGGGAGCUGGAGAAAGACAUGCAAGAGAAGUAUCCCGAGUUGUUUACAACUAAAUGGUUUUACGCCUAUCAUGGUGUGACUAUCCAGUAUGGAGUGGGGAUCAAAUUUGGUGAGUAA